AAUGAGGCUGCUGAGAUUAACAGUUUUACCAGCACAACCUCUCUGACUCCACCUGAAAAGGCGAGACAGUUUCAUCAUCAGAGUCACUGCUGCCAACACAAACGAAGAAGACAUGCUGCCAAUCCGAGCUGUGGUGGUGAUCACACUUACUGUUUGUCUGACUGCAAACACAUCAGCAGCUUAUCCUGACUGCUGUCGAAGGUACAUGAGAGGCAAAUUACCAUAUUCAGCCAUCAAGGGGUACUCAGUCCAGACUGAUACAGAGAUGUGUCCCAUCAAUGCCAUCAUUUUCCACACAAAGAAAGGGAAAGCAUGCGCCAAUCCAGCUCUGAAGUGGGUGAUUGACGCUAUUGAUCGCAUAAGGAAAAAAGCGCAGAAGAUCCACCAGCGCAGCUCACAGCUGCAGAAAUAGAAGAUCAUUGGAGCUUUUUAAAGAGACCACUGAUGCCAGCUACAGAAAACAAAGUUUUUUAUGAGAUCUUUGCAUCCAGCAACUGUUUUAUAGUCCAGUGAACUCCAUCAUGUGGAGCCUGCUGUAAAUAAGAAAGAUGUUGUCAAACAAUGGACAUAUUAGCUCAGUUUUAAGAGGUCUAUAAUAUUAAUUUAUACUUUGUAAUUGUAACAUUUUGGUUUUGUGCAUGUACUGUUGUGUUAAAUAAGAGUAAUUUAUGCAAUUGUUUUUGUGGUUUUAUACAUACAUUGAAAUAAAAUGAGUA